CAGAUUCUUCUCGCCUCUCAAACGCCACUUGUUCUCUAGCUUCCUCUCCCUCCUCUCAUCGGAAGCAGGCAGGCAGGCAGCCAGCAAUGGCCAUGGCGUCGUCGAGCGGGCUGAGGAGCUGCAGCGCCGUGGGCGUGCCCAGCCUCCUGGCGCCGUCGUCCCGGUGGUCCAGCCGCCUGCCGUUCUGCGCCAACGCCACCACCUCCGGCCGCGUCACCAUGUCCGCCGAGUGGAUGCCCGGCCAGCCCCGCCCUGCCCACCUCGACGGCUCCUCGCCCGGGGACUUCGGCUUCGACCCUCUUGGUCUGGCGACGGUGCCGGAGAACUUCGAGCGGUUCAAGGAGUCGGAGGUGUACCACUGCCGGUGGGCGAUGCUGGCGGUGCCGGGGAUCCUGGUGCCGGAGGCUCUAGGGCUAGGCAACUGGGUGAAGGCGCAGGAGUGGGCGGCCGUCCCCGGCGGCCAGGCGACGUACCUGGGGAACCCGGUGCCGUGGGGGUCGCUGCCGACGAUCCUGGUGAUCGAGUUCGUGGCCAUCGCGUUCGCGGAGCACCAGCGCACCAUGGAGAAAGACCCCGAGAAGAAGAAGUACCCCGGCGGCGCCUUCGACCCGCUGGGAUUCUCCAAGGACCCCGCCAAGUUCGAGGAGUACAAGCUCAAGGAGAUCAAGAACGGCCGCCUCGCCAUGCUCGCGUUCGUCGGCUUCUGCGUGCAGCAGUCGGCGUACCCCGGCACCGGCCCGCUGGAGAACCUCGCGACCCACCUCGCCGACCCGUGGCACAACAACAUCGGCGACAUCAUCAUCCCCAGAUCAAUCUCCCCUUGAGCUCAGAUCAGAUGCAUGUUUUGUACGUGUGUCAUUGCCUUGCCAUUACUAGGCAUUGCCUGCUGCCUGCCUGCGUGCAGGAGCUGUACAACGACGACGGCGACUUCCUGCGCCGGAAAACCCCUUGUAAUGUAAAGCUUAUAUUAUUAAGUAGCGGCUACUCUUGUAGUCUUGUAUCAAAUCUAAACUGGUUUAGCUGAGUCCCAUGGUUAUUUCGAGACUAAUUAACCAGGGGAAGUUUAGCUUAAAACGGAGAAAAUUCAUACGAGAACUUUGACAAA